GAUGGAAAUACCGCUAGACUCAAGCUGUCAAUAUCAUCUUUUGAAAAUCCCAUCGACUUCUGGGUACGAUCAACAGAUUACUCGACUUUUGCCAUUACAUUCUCCUGCGAAAAUAUCUCAAAUCUACAAAGGAGGAUUCACAUAUGGGUACUUGGACGAGAAAGAGUAUUUAGCGAAAUGGCACUUGCACUAAUUUACACAACUAUUUCAAAUACAUUUGGUAUCCAAUCAUCAGAAUUCAGAACUAUUGAUCAUAGUGAUGAUGCCUGCUACAUCCUACCAGUCAUUGAACCUGGUGAACCUAUCAUUUUACCAGGACAAUGUGACCCAACCCUUCCUGUGCUUCAAAACUUCAACGUAGAUAGAUUUUCAGGUGUAUGGCACCAGAUUUCAAGCUAUGAAACUCCUAACACGAAUGGUGCCUGCGUCAGAUCUGAGUUUAGCAGGUCUAAUGAAGGGGUCAACAUAGUCAAUAGUGAGGUAGUGAACCAACAACUGCUCACUCUAGAUGGGCAUGCAACAGUCAGCAGUACUGAUAAUAGCGCCAAGUUAUCUGUGGUGCUAAAUAUUCCUGGAGCUACUAAUACACCACAGGACUUAUGGAUCUUGGCUAGUGAUUAUGACACCUAUGCAGUUGCUUAUACUUGUAUCAAUACAAGUCCUACCAACAAACAAGUCUACAGCUGGAUUCUCAGCCGAACACGAGUAAUGCCUCAAACCGUUCAAACAACAGUUGACCAAGUAGUCGACUCGUACAUGGAUCUCAAUUACCAGUAUUAUAAGCAAACUGACCAGUCAGAUGCAGGCUGUUUCUUUUAUCCUGAACCCGUGGCUAAUCAGCCUGUUGUGUUCAGAGGCCAGUGUGAAUCUGUUAACGUUCAAGCUAUGCAGAACUUUAAUAUUGAAAGAUACAUGGGAUUAUGGCACAACAUCGAACUAUAUCCAACGGCUUUCCAAAGCGGGACUUGCAGUAAUGCUGAUUACGAAUUAGUGGGCAGCAGUGUCACCGUGGUUAACACUCAAGUUAACAAUGAGAGGUUGUAUACUGUGAAUGCAGUGGGUGUACCUGCGGCGUCUGAUGGAUCAGCUAAGCUCGUUGUGACAUUCCCCAUUCCAGGAAGCGAUCAAACUGUAUCAAGUGAUUACUGGGUGCUGGAUACUGAUUAUGACAGUUACGCCUUGGUAUACAGCUGUUCCAAUCUAAACGCUGAUGAAAUGCAAGUGAGCUCAUGGAAACUGAGUAGAGCAAAAUCACUAUCUACAGCCUCUUCAACUGCAAUAAACAAUAUAAUAAAUACUGUAUCAGUUCUUGAUUCACGAUACUAUGAAACCAUGGACCAAUCAGUACAGGGAUGCUUCUACUUCCCUGAAGCCCAAUCUGGUGUCCCAGUUGUGUUCCCUGGACAGUGUGAUGAGAAUAUCGCUGUAGUUCAAGACUUUGACUUAAACAGGUUCCAAGGCGAAUGGCACGAGAUCCAAUCAUACCCAAAAGCAGAACAGUCAGGACAUUGCAUCAAUCAUCGAUACACACCCCUCGAUAACACACGUCUUAAUCUGGAAUCUUCUUCGGUCAACGACCAAUUUCUGGGAAUCAUAAACGGAGUAGUAGCUAGAGCCAGCGCUACGGAUAACGCUGGGAGAUUGACAGCUACUAUCACAGUCAAUGGUGAAGCUAAAACCAUACCAUUCUGGAUCCUCAACACGGAUUACACUGACUACGCGUUCGCAUAUUCUUGUGUGAAUCUUAAUUCAGAUUUUAGAGGAGUGUGGAGUUGGAAACUUAGCAGAACCAAGCAGUUGUCAGCAGCAGCGAACACAGCUAUUGCGAGCAUUGUAGCAAGUAACGUUGUGUUACAAGAUACUUACUUUGAAAGAAUUGAUCAGUCCGAUGAAGCUUGCUUCUACUUACCUGAACUUGAACGUGGUGAGGCAGUCAUACUUCCUGGACAAUGUGACACUAGCAUCAGAGGAAUUCCGAAUUUCGACAUCACAAAAUAUUCUGGCCGCUGGCGUCUCGUUGAAAGCUACGGCUCCGACUUCCAAGUGGGCACAUGUAAUGUAGCCCGUUACACCGUGGAAAACCCUACAACUCUAAGUGUUGUCAACUCGCAAGUCAUAAAUGCAGAGCUAGCUGAGAUUUCUGGAACAGCUACUAUUUCUAGCAACGAUGGAUCAGGAGAGCUUACUUUCUCCUUCCCCAGUCAAUCUGCAUCCUUCGAGGUUAAAAUACUCACUACGGAUUACACUUCAUAUGCUCUUGGAUACGGAUGUGUUAACAUCAACAAUAAUCAAAGAAGAGUUUACAGCUGGAAAAUGAGCCGUGAUAAUACUCUGACCCAAAAUGCCAUCGACUCUAUGAACCAGGUUAUAGACAGAAUAAAUGUGUUAAACAAUCGAUUCUAUUACUAUGUGGACCGUACCGAUACUGGAUGCUUCUACUUCCCUACACCCGACCCGAGUUCUAUCGUCAGAUUCCGAGGUCAAUGCGAAAAUAUUCCUGUAGUAACGGGUUUUAAUACGCAGAGGUACUUGGGUAGAUGGUAUGAUAUCGAAUCAUACCCCGGGGACUUCCAAGAUGGGACUUGUAACACAGCCAUGUAUUCUGCAGGCAAUGACGUGACUAUAGUCAAUACUCAAGUAGUUAAUCAGUUGCUGGUGUCUAUAAGGGGUAAUGCAGUACUCGAAGCCAGUACAGAUGGAAGUGCUAAACUCAAAGCAACCUUCAAUAUAGGCGGUACUGAUGUGACAUCGGAAUACUGGGUCUUAGAUACGGAUUAUGAAUCGUAUUCACUAGUAUAUUCCUGUCGACCCAUAGACGAUGAGUAUGUGCAAGUGACAAGUUGGAAACUGAGCAGAACAAGAACGCUACCAACUGCAGCUGCAAACGCUAUCAACAAUGUGAUGAGCAACAUUAGAGUAUUAGACCAAAGAUAUUUCCUGCCUCGCGAUCAGAGUGCACAGGGAUGUUUCUACUACCCUGAGCCACAACCCGGACAAGCAGUUAUCUUCCCGGGACAGUGCGACGAUAAUAUCGCAGCGGUCCCGAACUUUGACCUGAAUCUGUUCCAAGGCACAUGGCAUGAGAUUACAUCUUAUCCAAAGAAUAACCAACCUGGCGAGUGUAUCAGGGAGGUGUUCACGGUAACAUCAGCUACAAGCAUGCAGUUAAAUUCAUUUAGUGUCAUAAAUCAAAGAGAAUACACAGCAGAAGGAGUAGUCACGUUUGCUACCGAUGAUGGUAGUGGAAAACUGCAAAUUAACCUUAUUAAUAUGGGACCGCCAGUUCCGGUGCCUUACUGGAUUUUAAGCACGGACUACAAUGACUAUGCGUUGGUUUACAGUUGUAGAAACAUUAACAGCGAACAAAGAGAAAUCUGGAGUUGGAAGCUCAGCAGAACUCAACAGCUGUCGACUGCUGGUAGCCAGGCUAUCGACGAAGCAAUGUUGGCCGUGGAUGUGCUGAGGAAUCAAUACUUUGAAGACAUUGACCAGUCUGAUGCUGCUUGUUUCCACUUGCCUGACAUUACACCCGGACAAGAUGUCGUUCUUCCGGGCCAAUGUGAUGAGAACAUUAGAGGAAUACCUAAUUUCGAUUUAACACGAUUCGUUGGAGAGUGGCGUCUCAUUGAAAGUUACGGGUCCCGAUACCAAAGUGGAACGUGCAACGUGGCUGAAUACAGAGUACAAUCCAGCAACGUCCUCGCUGUCACCAACUCACAGGUCGUCAAUGCGGCACUGGGUUCUAUUUCGGGAACUGCUACUGUUACUAGUACCGAUGGAAGUGGACAACUCACUUUCGGUUACUCAUCGAGACCCCGGACGUAUGAACUCUUUGUACUAGAUACUGACUACGACUCGUAUGCGCUGUACUAUGGCUGCGUCAACAUGGCUAACAAUCAAAGAAGAGUAACGAGUUGGAAGUUCAGUCGCACCAACACCCUGAGUCAAGCUGCAAACGACAAAAUAAAUCAAAUCAUGGAUUCCAUCGAAGUCUUGCACCAGCCCUACUACUAUACUGUGGAUCGCACUCCCGAGGGUUGUUUCUACUUCCCUGUGCCUGACGGAAAUACUCCGGUUAGGUUCCGUGGACAGUGUGAUGAGAAUAUUCCUGUAGUUAACAACUUCGAUGUUUCCCGGUAUCAAGGGCUUUGGCAUGACAUCGAAUCAUACCCCGUGCCUUUCCAAGAUGGCGACUGCCCCAACGCUUUCUACGCUCCGUACGACAGCUCCUCGGUAACUGUUACCAAUACUCACGUCGUCAACCAGAAGUUGGACGUUAUCACUGGGCUAGCAACAGCUCCUGCUGAUGGAAGUGCUAAACUACAAGUUACAUUCAAUGUACAAAAUAACCAAUUUACUUCAGAUUACUGGGUGUUGGAUACCGACUACGAUUCGUAUGCGCUUGUUUAUUCCUGUACAAACUUGAACGCUGACUACAUGACAGUGUCUAGUUGGAAACUCAGUAGAACAAAGUCGUUAUCUACUGCUGCCGCAACAGCUAUUAACAACGUUAUGAGUAACAUUCAAGUGUUAGAUCAGAGGUACUACGUAAACCGUGAUCAGUCUCCUGAAGGCUGUUUCUACUACCCUGACCCGCAACCCGGACAAGCGGUUAUCUUCCCAGGACAGUGUGAUGAUAACAUCGCAGCGGUCCCGAACUUUGACCUGAAUUUGUUCCAAGGCACAUGGCAUGAGAUUACCUCCUAUCCGAAGGAUAACCAACCUGGCGAGUGUAUCAGGGAGGUGUUCACGGUUACGUCACCCACAAGCAUGCAGUUAAAUUCAUUUAGUGUCAUUAAUCAAAGAGAAUACACUGCAGAAGGAGUAGUCACGUUUGCUACUGAUGAUGGUAGUGGAAAACUACAGAUCAACCUUAUUAAUAUGGGACCGCCAGUUCCGGUACCUUAUUGGAUUUUAAGCACGGACUACAAUGACUAUGCGUUGGUUUACAGUUGUAGAAACAUUAACAGCGAUCAAAGAGAAAUCUGGAGUUGGAAGCUCAGCAGAACUCAACAGCUGUCGACUGCUGGUAGCCAGGCUAUCGACGAAGCAAUGUUGGCCGUGGAUGUGCUGAGGAAUCAAUACUUCGAAGACAUUGACCAGUCUGAUGCUGCUUGUUUCCACUUGCCUGACAUUACACCCGGACAAGAUGUCGUUCUUCCGGGCCAAUGUGAUGAGAACAUCAGAGGAAUACCCAAUUUUGAUUUAACACGGUUCGUCGGAGAGUGGCGUCUCAUUGAAAGUUACGGGUCCCGAUACCAAAGUGGAACGUGCAACGUGGCUGAAUACAGAGUACAAUCCAGCAACGUCCUCGCUGUCACCAACUCACAGGUCGUCAAUGCGGCACUGGGUUCUAUUUCGGGAACUGCUACUGUUACUAGUACCGAUGGAAGUGGACAACUCACUUUUGGUUACUCAUCGAGACCCCGGACGUAUGAACUCUUUGUACUCGAUACUGACUACGAAUCAUAUGCACUGUACUAUGGCUGCGUCAACAUGGCUAACAAUCAAAGAAGAGUAACGAGUUGGAAGUUCAGUCGCACCAACACCCUGAGUCAAGCUGCAAACGACAAAAUAAAUCAAAUCAUGGAUUCCAUCGAAGUCUUGCACCAGCCCUACUACUAUACUGUGGAUCGCACUCCCGAGGGUUGUUUCUACUUCCCUGUGCCUGACGGAAAUACUCCGGUUAAGUUCCGUGGACAGUGUGAUGAGAAUAUUCCUGUAGUUAACAAUUUCGAUGUUUCCCGAUAUCAAGGGCUUUGGCACGACAUCGAAUCAUAUCCCGUGCCUUUCCAAGAUGGCGACUGCCCCAACGCUUUCUACGCUCCGUACGACAGCUCCUCGGUUACUGUUACCAAUACUCACGUCGUCAACCAGAAGCUGGACGUUAUCACUGGGCUAGCAACAGCUUCUGCUGAUGGAAGUGCGAAACUAAAAGUUACAUUCAAUGUACAAAAUAACCAAUUUACUUCAGAUUACUGGGUGUUGGAUACCGACUACGAUUCGUAUGCGCUUGUUUAUUCCUGUACAAACUUGAACGCUGACUACAUGACAGUGUCUAGUUGGAAACUCAGUAGAACAAAGUCGUUAUCUACUGCUGCCGCAACAGCUAUUAACAACAUUAUGAGUAACAUCCAAGUGUUAGAUCAGAGGUACUACGUAAAUCGUGAUCAGUCUCCUGAAGGCUGUUUCUACUACCCUGACCCGCAACCCGGACAAGCGGUUAUCUUCCCAGGACAGUGUGAUGAUAACAUCGCAGCGGUCCCGAACUUUGACCUGAAUUUGUUCCAAGGCACAUGGCAUGAGAUUACCUCCUAUCCGAAGGAUAACCAACCUGGCGAGUGUAUCAGGGAGGUGUUCACGGUUACGUCAUCCACAAGCAUGCAGUUAAAUUCAUUUAGUGUCAUAAAUCAAAGACUAUUCACAGCACAAGGAGUAGUGACAUUUGCUACCGAUGAUGGUAGUGGAAAACUGCAGAUCAACCUUAUUAAUAUGGGACCGCCAGUUCCGGUACCCUACUGGAUUUUGACCACGGACUACAUUGACUACGCGUUGGUAUACAGUUGUAGGAACAUCAACAGCGAUCAGAGAGAAAUCUGGAGUUGGAAGCUCAGCAGAAGUCGACAACUGUCGGCUGCAGGCUCCCUGGCUAUCGACAACGCAAUGGCAGCCGUUGAUGUACUGAGGAAUAAAUACUUCGAGGACAUCCCACAAACAGACAGCGCUUGCUUCUAUUACCCCGUUCUGGGCCCCAAUGAUCCUGUUAUAUUCCCUGGUCAAUGUGACGCUAACAUACCGGUCGUUCAGAACUUUGACGUUUCUAUGUACAUGGGUCGUUGGCGAUUAAUUGAAUCAUAUUACUCUGAUUUCCAAGAAGGAACGUGCAAUGCUGCUACGUACACUGAAAAUGAUGACGGCACAGUAGCCGUGUACAAUACAAAAGUAGUCGAAGAACAGCUUAAUAGUAUAACAGGAUCAGCGGUAUUAGCUAGUGAUGGAAGCGGAAAAUUCACUGUUACUUUCCCUAAUGGUGCAACUCCUGUAGAAUACUGGAUUUUGGGCACAGACUAUCACUCAUAUGCUUUGGUGUAUAGCUGCGUCAAUCUACCAGAUGAUCUCAGGAGAGUUUGGACCUGGAAAUUGAGCAGGGGGGACAGUCUGUCAGACUAUGCAACUCAUUCGAUCAACCAGAUAAUGAACUCCGUGGAUGUUCUUGAUGCUCGGUAUUACCAGGCCGUGGACCAGACUGACACUGGCUGUUUCUACUUCCCCGAACCUGAUAAGGACACUACUGUUGUGUUCCCUGGACAGUGCGAUGAAAACAUUCCCGUUGUUGCUAAUUUCGAUGCCGAUAGGUACGCCGGCACCUGGUACGACAUUGAAUCCUAUCCAACGAGCUUCCACACUGGUACUUGUAACAUCGAAACAUACACGACCAAUACCGAUGGAACAAUUACUGUUCAAAAUACUCAAGUCGUGAACCAAGUAUUACAGAGUACGACAGGCACUGCUACUCAAACUGCUACCGAUAAUUCUGCUAAAUUCGAUGUGACGUUCACUCUGAGCUCUGGUCCAGUCACUACUAAAUAUUGGGUACUGGCCACCGAUUAUGACUCCUACUCCCUGGUGUAUUCAUGCAGAAACAUUGAUUCAGAAUCAAGAGCAGUUUACAGCUGGAAAUUGAGCAGAACGCCGUAUCUGCCAGCAGCCGCUGCACCAGUAAUCAACGAAGUAAUCAACAAUGUACAAGUGCUUGAGCAACGUUACUAUGUCCCAAGAAGCCAUUCUGAGGAAUCUUGCUUCUUUUACCCCGACAACAUUGGUGGUGACGUCAUUUUAAAUGGCCAAUGUCUACCUGACUUGGAAGUGCCAGCCGUUACGUCAUUUAGUCCUAGCGCGUUUUCUGGAGUAUGGCAUGAGGUAGCUAGAUUCCCAUCUACUCUACAAAAUGGUGAAUGUACGGCUACCGAAUAUUUGACGAAUGGUAAUGGCUUCAAUGUAAUUAAAACAAGCGUGAUUGAGGAAGCAUUGUUGAGCACAAAUCAAGUGGCCGAAGUUGAUGCCACGGGGAGAGGUGUCAUUAGGUUUGAAAGCAGUGAAGUUCCCUUCAACAGUAUCUACAUAUUGGCCACCGAUAAUACCCAAUAUGCUCUUGCAUACAGCUGUAGAAACAUCGAGGCCAACAGGAAGCAAAUCUACAGUUGGAAGCUCAGUCGCUCCCGAGCCGGACUAUCUGAAGCUGCAAACAUUAUUAUCGAUGAGCUUGUUAGCCAAAACAUUGAUCUCUUUGAGGGUUACUAUCGAUACACGAAACAAGAUAACUCAGCGUGCUUCCACUAUCCUGUGCACGAUGAACUUCCCGACAGUAUCAUACUUCCUGGACCCUGCGAUGAUUCUAUUCGUGGAAUUCCUAACUUUAACACAAAUGAGUAUCUUGGAAUCUGGAACGAAAUCGCCAGAUAUCCAAUAGCAUCACAGCAAGGCCAGUGUAACCGUGGCUUAUACACAUCUCUUAAUGAUGUCAUCUACGUUCAAAACAGCCAAGUAAUCAAUGAGCAUUUAGCUACGAUAUCAGGCCAAGCUACACUUGUAGGCCAAGACGGAUACGGAGACCUAUUAGUUACCUUCAACGUCGGUGACGAGACCAGAAGAGCAGAGUACUCCGUUCUAGCAACAGAUUACAUAAACUAUGCCCUUUUGUACAGCUGUACAAACGUAGACGGUGGAAGAAACAGACGAGUGAACAGUUGGAAGCUGAGUAGAACCACAGAACUGUCUCUGCAAGCGAAUAAUGCUAUUAAUAAUGUCAUCGCUAACACAGAGGGGCUCCAUGAAAUGUAUUACCAGACCACGAGCCAAUCUGACGCAGACUGUUUCCACUAUCCUGAGUUCAAUAACCCAGAAACAAUCGUGUUACCCGGACCUUGUAACGAAACUAUCACCGGAGUUCCUAACUUCAGUAUUGCUAAUUAUCUCGGAGAUUGGAUUGAAGUGGCCAGAUACCCACAAACAGCUCAAACUGGACAAUGUAACCGAGCCACAUACUCAAGUGAUGGCGCCAAUUCUAUCUCUAUAGUGAACAGCCAAGUGGUUAAUGAGGCUUUGUCAACGAUAUCAGGCCAAGGUGUACUUGCCAGUAACGACGGAUCUGGAGUACUGCGAAUCACUUUCAACGUUGGUGGUGAGAACAGAAUUUCAGACUACUACGUACUCGCAACAGAUUAUACAACUUAUUCUCUUGUGUAUACUUGCACAAACCUACCUGAGGGAAGAAGACAAGUUGGCAGUUGGAAACUGAGUAGAACUGGCACAUUAAGCCCAACCGCUCUUGACAUCAUGGAUGACGUGAUCAGCGACACACAGGGUCUCAACCAAAACUAUUACCAAGAAACAAGUCAGACUGAUGAUUCUUGCUUCUAUUACCCGGAGCCAGUGACUGAUGGACUUGGUACAUCCAUUCUGUUGCCUGGAAGCUGUGAUACAUCCAUUAAAGGCGUUGAAAACUUUAAUGUAACUGCUUUUGCGAGAACUUGGUAUCACAUCCGGCGAUACGACUCGGUCCAGGGCAGGUCUUGCAGUGGCACUAGAUUGAGAGUUAACGAACAAAAUAGUAACCUAGAUAUCACUGACUUUGAUGUCGUUGGUGGAGAAUUAGCGACAACGGACUAUACAGGUCGGGUCAGUUCUACCGAUGGAAGUGGAAAAAUCACUUUAGAAAUUCCUGCUGAGAACUCAGGUGAAUCAACGGAGAUGGAUCUAUACAUUUUGGCGACUAACUACAACGAAUAUGCCCUCGCGUACUCUUGCGAAAAUGUUGGCACACGACGCCGAGUUCGUGCAUGGCAGCUGAGCACUGACAGAACAAUGCCAGCUUCAGGCGUCGCCGUCAUCAACGAACUCGAGCAGAACAUGCGGGAACUUCACAAUCCGUACUUCAACCAAGUGCCCCAUAACGAAGAUUGUGAGGAACCCAGCUCAGCAAUUCUAUUCAAGAGCAGUAUUAUUGUGAUAUUUAUAUGUACUGUAUUGCAAGCGCUAUGGUAGAAAUUACCUAGGAUCUAUUUAGAUGUAAAUUAUUCAGACCAGUUGUACAUAAUGUUUUUAUAUUUAUUUUAAGAAGAAAUAUAAUUAAAUUCUAAGACAAUCAUCA